AUGCUGAAAAAUAUUGGUGUUUGGGAAUUUAUUCAGUCAUUCCGUUCUCAGCCUGUAAAUAAAAUGAAAGUAUGGGAAACAAAGUCAAACCUUUACUUAACGUUUCAACGCAAUCCCUUGGCAUAUAUAGUAGAAAAUGAUUUAGUUAUUGAAUCACUUUGUAAUUAUUUGGGAUCUAAUAAUAAUUCUUCAAAUGUGACAAUACUAUAUGAAACACAAGCUGAAAACAUUCAGCUGCCUUCUUCAGAUCAUCCAGAACAUUUAGUUCGUGUAGACGUUCAACAAAGGACACAAGCUAAACAGGAAACUGUUGAAACAGAUCUACUUAUUGGUGCUGAUGGGUUCAAUUCAUUUGUCCGUAGAACAGCUAAUAUUCAUAAAAUUGGUUGGAAUCAUAAUCAAAAAGCUAUUGUAGCAACUUUAAAAUUGGAACAGGCUAAUAAUGAAUCUAUCGCUUGGCAAAGGUUUCUACCAACAGGCCCAGUUGCAUUACUCCCAUUGUCAAAAGAAUAUUCAUCAUUAGUUUGGAGUACAACUUCGUAUGAAGCUGAUCGUCUUAUGAAUUUAAAAGAUUUAGAUUUUAUUCAAGAGUUGAAUGACUGUUUGACUAAACCUAAUGAAUCGACGUCACAAAUUGGUGCACUUUUCAAUAAGAUGGGACAAUGUUUUGCUAGUGUUGUUGAUUACUUUGGUAAUCAAAUAAAAUCUACAGACAAUGAAAGUGAAUCCAGCUCAUUUUCAACACCAACAGUAUUAUCGAUUCAACCAAAUACGAAAAGGGCUUGUUUCCCUCUAGGUUUUCAACAUGCCACAUUUUAUUCAGCUCCUCGUGUGGCACUAGUGGGUGAUUCUGCUAAUCGAAUACUACCACUUGCUGGUCAAGGUGUUAACCUUGGUUUCGGUGAUUUUGUUUCAUUGGUUAGGCAUUUAGAAGAAGCUGUUUUGCGUGGAGCUAAUAUUGAUAUUCGUGGAACUGGAAUGAGUACUGUUCAGUCUAGUAAAUUAUUGAAGGAAUUUUUGAUGGUAGUUGCUGUCACUGGACAAAUCCGAACAACACAAUCGAAAACCACUUAUUGCUUGUAG